GAAUCUCCAAUGAAUAACAGGGCCGCUUUCCCUUACCAUGACUUUUUUAAUAUGUCACUGGGAUUCCGACAUGAUUCUCCGACAUCAUCGCCAUACGGUUACACUGUGAAAUUAUCCAAAAGGCAUCGACCUAGCAAAGUGGGUGUUGAAUUCAGACUUUCUGGCUUUAGAUUACGAAUGCAAUCAUUGGUUGACUACAUGCUAGGGCAUCUUAUUGAGGUAGUUAACAUGACGCGUGUCAAUGGAAAAAACAAAGGAGCUGCUUGGUUUGUUUCAAACUGUGUGACAGAUAGUGAACGAGAACGAUACCAUUUCUAUAUCGCUUUUGAGAAUUCAAUUUGCAAGGACUAUGUCACAGAAAAACUAUGGCAUCAAGGUUAUCAAUAUGAUAUUGUACCUAUCGUACUCAAGGUGAAAGCUCGGAUUGUUGUAGUGGUUAUUUUUGAUAUGAUCAUUAUUCAGAGAUCACUUGUAGAAAAACUUAGGCCAUGGGGAUUCUGCCAGAUCUGUCGACUAUUAUGGGAGAAACCUCGGCCGCAUUUUUCAAUACAAAGUAAGAAACUUCAUGUUUUCCUUAUGAAGAAGAACGGUUUGUAACU